GCUUUGCUUGCAAAAAUGGCCACUUCUAAAAAUGGAGGUGAAUGGACUGGGGAUUCGCGGUUUUUCAUUGUGAAUUACCAAACUGGAGGAAUUUUGGACCUCAUGCGCUUCGUCCUAUCAGGUAACAGUGAUAAAUUUCUUCACUAUUCCGACGGCGUGGUGGAACAGUUGCCACGUGGUGGCGAUCCUGAUCAUAGAUGGGUUAUAUUUGUAUCCAUUAUAGUGCGGAAAAUAAUCGCCAUUUUCGGUAAACCCAUGGAGUGGUUUGGGUAUCUCCUCGAGUUCAUCCUCAACCUUCUCUCUCUCAAUGGCAACUUUCUUGGCCUUUUCUACAAUAUCUUGCAUGGAAACGUGGUGAUGCCACAGAGAGGGUCAGAAAUGUUUAUAAGUGCUAUUGGGCAUUUAGAUGGGCGUAUAGACUUAUACAAGAGUGAGACGUUAACCAAGGAAAUUGGAGAGCCUGAUUUCUGGCAGAAAAAUAUUCAACUUGGAAUAGGACACAAAGUCCUUAUGGACCUCUGUAUGAUGGCUUCAAAGUUGGCCUACGAGAAUGCAAAGGUUGUUCAGAAUGUCGUAAAUAUUCACUGGAAGAUGCAUUUUGUGGAUUUCUACAAUUGUUGGAAUGAUUUCGAGAAAGAGAUGUCCACCCAGGUUUUUAUAUUGUGCGAUAAGCCAAAAGAUGCAAACUUGAUAGUCAUCAGCUUCAGGGGCACAGAGCCUUUUGAUGCUGAUGACUGGAUCACUGAUUUUGACUACUCUUGGUACGAGAUUCCAAAACUUGGCAAAGUACACAUGGGUUUCUUGGAAGCCUUAGGUUUAGGGAGCAGAGCUAAAGCAUCUACGUUCCAUGAACAACUGUUCAUGAAUAAUCAGAACUUCACCAAGUUAGAGAAUGAUGCAACUAUUGCUCCUUCAGAAAGUUCUGAAUCUUCUACCAUGUUCAGUGAUUCUGAUGCACACAGUGUGUCAGACCAGUCACCUGAAUCAGAUAGGCCUACUGAUACCGGCUCAAAGAAGUUCAAACUAGAUAUGCCAGAGAGGACGGCAUACUAUGUUGUCAGAAGUAAACUCAAAAGGUUACUCAAUGAGCACAAGGAUGCAAAGUUUGUUGUUACAGGCCAUAGCCUUGGUGGAGCAUUAGCUAUAUUAUUCCCGACAGUCCUAGUGCUGCAUGAGGAGAUGAAUGUCAUGGAACGAUUAUUGGGAAUAUAUACGUAUGGGCAGCCAAGGGUUGGGAACAGACAGUUAGGGAGGUUCAUGGAAGCCCAUUUGGAACAUCCAGUCCCAAAGUACUUCAGAGUUGUUUAUUCCAAUGAUCUUGUGCCAAGAUUACCUUAUGAUAAUAAAACAUUCCUGUUUAAACACUUUGGGAUUUGCCAGUACUACAACAGCUUAUACGUUGAGCAGAACGUCGAUGAAGAGCCAAACAGAAACUAUUUUGGGCUGCGAUUUCUGAUACCAUUGUAUCUGAAUGCUGGUUGGGAGCUCAUCAGAAGCUUUACAAUGGGUCACAUGUACGGAGCCGAGUAUGAGGAGUGCUGGGAAUCAGUUGUGCUUCGCGUGCUAGGACUCUUCCUUCCUGGUAUUUCUGCCCACAGCCCAGUUGAUUAUGUGAACUCCGUCAGACUUGGAACGGAGAGAAGUACCCAAAUGUCGUCUUUUUAGAAAUACUUUUGUUGGGGUUUACAGCUACAGAAGAUCAUGCAGAAGGUGUCCAGUUUAGUUUUUGAAGGUUGUUU